UUUGCAGUGGUGGAGAAGAAGGCAUACGUCAUAUUCACAAUGGCGGAGACAGGGUGAGGAGGAGAGUGUGUUAGUGAAGCGGCGCAGUAAGCAACUACAUUGCCCGCGAAAGACGCGCACGGUGCCCGAAAAAUGUCCCUGAACUCCAAAGUGGAGAGAAAAACGGACAUACAGUGUCUGAAGACCGGCGAGUUCGACGUCGAGAGCGGCGAUAGCAAGAAAAAUUCGUUGUCAGCCGCCAUCUCGGCCACAUCCAACCAAAAUGGCGAUCAGACUGGAUGUGAAGACGGUAUAAUGCCCGAACAAGAAGCCUCUGAGCGGCGGAGGAGCGGGCAGACGGACUCAAGAAGCUCCAAUAAUUCACCGUUACCCGGCCAGAAACCGGCUGAACAGUUGCCAAGAAGAAAUUUUCAGAUCCCGAGGAAGAUCAAGGAACGGAAAGGUUGUGCCCUUUCUCUACUAUUUCCAACAGAGGCUGCCUUGUGUUUCAGAAUUGAAGUGCAGCAUGUUGCAAACCCGCGUUCCCUACCGGCUGAAUUUAGAUUAUUGACAUGGAUAAAUGUGAUCCAUAUGCAGAUGGUAGCUAGUUUUAUUGCGCGCAAAACUCGUUAUUGCCUUUGCCAAGGUAAUAUCGGUUCCCCUACUUUCGGUCAUCAUUGCAGGUAAGUUUCGGCCCCAGGCGAGAGGAGGGAAGCACGUGAAGAGACGCUGCCCAUCUUGCCUGAUUAAUCAGACUGAAAAGGGAGUGACUAUACAGACACGCCUGGUGGGCAAAAUUGAUGACGAAUGUCGCGCAGCGAGAGUUGAGUGGGGACGAACGGAUUCGGUUCAGUCAGUCUUCCUAAUGAGCCCUCCCCCAGCUAGCUAGUUUAUUAUGCUUGUGGCUAGAAACUUAAGCGAGUGUUCAGAAUCAUUCAGGUUUUGUCAGAGUAUUUGUAAUAAAUACAAUUAAAAAUAGAUGAUAAAGCGAAAAUCCACUCAAACUAUCUUAAAAAAUAAAAAAAUACAUUAGUCCAUUGUUGAUACUGUCCCACAAUGUUUUGCAUAUCAGCAGUCAGGUUUUCAAGAUAUUUGACUUUCAAGAAGCAAAGUGUCACUUUAGUAGUUGUACAUUUUUGGUGAAAAUCACUCAAAUAAAUGUGCUUUAGCUGUUACCCUGGCCUGAGAGAAAAAUUGUCAGUUUUAGAGCAAAUUUCCAGCAAUUCUACAGAUUUUGCCAUAGGGUGGAAGAGUGACUAACAAAAUCAAUGGGGGCCCCACGGUCAGAAUUCCACCGUUAUUACUACAAGUUUAGAGAGCUGGCUAGACUAACUUACCAAUCUAAAAAAAAAUUGCUGACCUGGGCCAAUUGAGUGACUGACAUAAGAGGAACUGCUGAUGCACAACCACAUUUCGAAAUUGCACCAUAUAUAUUUUACUAUUCUAACUCUCAACAGUAAUAUCAAACCACGACUGAGUUCCUAAUUUAUAAAAAAAAAAAAUCACGAGUUGCCCAUCCCUGAUCUAGCUUUUUUCCACUCCUUACUGCAGGACAGCAAUGCCCGGCAAGCGGGUGCAACCUCUCCCCAUUGGGCAGUAAACUGUAUCACGGUGACAUCCAGAUGGUUACUAACAUUUAUCAUGUAGGCUGCUAUUCCACUCUAAAUAAAAUCAAGUGGGAUGGAACAAAUUUGCCACAUACGCCAUCAAUUUGGGCAACAGGCGUGUCCGUAUAGCCUCUCUCGACUGAUACAUAAUGGCGAAUGUGCAUAAAGAUGGCAGAAUUCAGAUAUGUCAUUGUUUUAGCUCUAUCUACUGAGUUUUUAAACUAUGACGUGCGAUAUGGUUCAAUGUGCCAAUAAAUCAGCACAAUCUACUUUUUAGAUUUUCAAAUUGCCAGUGUCUUGAAGCUAAAAUUGUGAUCAUGUAUACUCUGCUAUUGACCAUACAAAAGAGUAACAGAGAACUUAGCAAAACAAGGAAUUUGUGCAAAGUGAAUGGAGGCCGCCAUCUUUCAGCACUUCCGCUAUCGAAUUUGUAUACGGUCUGAAACAUAGGAGUGCAAAAUGGUGGAAAUGUUCCUUACAAGCCAGAAUUUUUAAUAAAAUGUGGUUGGACCUUCAGCUGCACAUGCAAAAGCAUGUAAACAUUCUGGCUUGUAAGGAACAAUUCCAUGAUUUUGCACACCUAUGGUUCAGGCUGUAUACCAAUUUAAUUGUGUAUCACAGUCUGCUUAAUCAGGCAACUGCCCAUCAAGCCUCUAUAUUCCUUGGGUCUACAUGGAGGCUCAUGUGGAGAGUGAAAUUAGUUGCGAUGGUAUUCAGCCGAGGACCCAUUUCUGAAGGCUUUUUGGUGGAAAAUGACUAUAGUAGUAAAGUCCACUCGGUUGCACAAACACCACACCUAUCUAGACUGGUUACCAUGGCCCUUCAAUGAAGCUCCAAAGAUAGUCAGCCGUCAUCCCUUAUCUUCACAGAUUUUAUACAGAUUAUGGAAGACAAGGCCAGGCUCCAAUUUUAUUCCUGUGCUCACUCGAAAUAGUGAACCCAUUGGUAAUCCAGGAGUGUAGCCACUCGAAGAAGCUGCCAAGAACUGGUUUGGUAUUAGCUAGCUAUUUAGGCUAGUUCAUUCUUCAGAUAGGUUACUGUGCUGUUCUUGGCUUUUACAUAAACUUUUUUUGGCGUCAGCAUGCUUCAGUUUGGCUGGCGCUUAGCCGAACCGAACGAGUGUGCUCGCGUACUCCCUUAAAAUACAUUUGUUUGAAAAACGUCCAUAGUACUGUUUGUCAAUUUUGAGACGCCGUAGCCAAAAUAGUCAGAAUUAAUCUACGAUAUCUCAAGAAAUCUGUCAUUAAUUUUGAGCUGUUUGCCAAGGAGAUCUUAGUCACGCAAUUGUAGAUCUAACUAAGAUGUUUGGUGCAGUAUUUCUCAAUGAAAAAAUGUGCAUGACAACGGACUUUAUUGAAGAAUCCCUACUGUUGACCAAUCACCGACAAAGGGGCGUAAACUUUGGUUUGCCUCCAGAAAAAAUGUCUAGUGCCCGAACAGCCGACAUAACCUCGCCGAAGUCCAAAAAUAAUAAAAACGUCACAAAAUGUCAUCAUAAUAUAUGCACAAAUUCCUCCGAAUUUUUCCAGCUGGGAAUCAUGCGGACGCCUUUAGAUUACUCCUAUGCAAUGGACACAACCAUGGGCAGUGGAGGCCUGUUUUGUCAUGGGCCCACUACUUGGAUUGUCAUCGGAAAGAGCCUUCUAGCUAUGCAAUGGUGCUCGCUAUAUUCACAGGUUGCAUGUGUUUGGUUUCGUAGUUGGGGAGAUGCAGAAUUAUGAUGGCACAGCCUGCAUGCAAAGUACAAUCCAUCAUACAAGUUGCUCUCAUGGGCAUAUGGCUACAUGAAGUCUCAUUUGAUGUUGGCUCUAGAAUCUGGCGUAUUGGUUGACGGAUAUGAUGUCCCAUGCAUUAUGUGACUUUAAAUAGCCAAUUAACCAAUCGUUUUAGAUGUUCCAGUUUCUUAGUGUGAUGCCAGCUCUGUUGAAAAAAUAUUGCAUCAUCAGAAUUGAGCACAAAGUACAUUGAGAGAACGUUGCCCUUUUUGCAUAAAUAUGGAAUAUAGGGUGGUAGGGUCAUUUGGUGACCUGAUGAAGAUAGGGAAUUGCUAUUGGUAGUGGUCCGCAUUACAGUGCAGCCCCAUCCUAUCACUCUUUUCAAUGGCAACCAUUUGGGAAAGUGAAGCUCUUUAGUGUACUAACCAUCUUGUAUAGUUGGGGUAUGUAUGUUGAUGUUUUGAUAUGUUGUCUAUCAUACUGACCUCAUGUUCUGUGAACAUCUGAGUUGUGGUCAAUUCAAUGUCCAUUGGACAUGGACAUUCCUCAUAGCAAUGACGUUCAAUUUUAGAAUAGGACGGAAUCAAUUGACCCCAACUCUGGAUCCCAAAUGCCAUUUUUUAUGUUCCCAAUUAAGAUAUUAUUUGCCCAAUGCCAUUUUCCAUACCUGGCAAUUUAUUAAACCCCUCAUCAAAUCAAAUGUUAUUUGACACAUGCUUCGUAAACAACAGGUGUAGACACUGAAAUGCUUACUUACGAGUCCUUUACCAACAAAUAAUUAAAGAUAAAAUAGAAAUAGUGACACAAGGAAUAAUGUAAAACCACAAAGACUAACAAAGAGCAAAAAUAACAUGGCUAUAUACAGGGAGUACCAGUACUGAGUCGAUAUGCAAGGGUACGAGGUUAUUGAGGUACUUAUGUACAUAUAGGUAGGAGUAAAGUAACUAGGCAAUGGGAUGGAUGGAGUGUAUGUGGAGCAGAAGCAGCCGUGUAUGUGGUGAGUGUGAAAGUGUGUGUGGCGUCUGUAUGCAUGUGUGCGCGUGUUAUGUGUGUGGGCGUAUGUAGUGUGUGUGGUGUGUCAUUGUAGGGAAAUGAAGUUCAUCCUGAUAUGCUGCAUAGCUUCCAAGCAUUACUCACACAACACCUCCUCCACAACCCUUAUGUGCCCAAUUCCAGAUUGAUCCUCUAGGCACUUGUGUAGAUAUGAAAGGAUUCAAAGGUAUAAGCAAGAUGGAGAACAGAAAUGCUAAUACCUAUCUAAUCUCUUGAAAUCUCCAUAAAGUGCUUAGAUGUAGGGGCAAGCUGUUUUUAUAGAAUUCGACAAUGCUAUUCCCCAAAAAGAGUGAAGGGGAUUCUGUAAAGAACUGUAAUUACAGUGUGAAACACGUCUGCCCCCUCUUAAACACAUUUACUAAUCCCUUUUGACAGUUUAAACUGACCAGAUACCCAGAAAGUAGGCUAUUGAGUGCUUAAAAAGUAACAAUGCUUACAAAUUAACAACGUCAUCCCUGUUCUACGUUGUGCCAAUCACAUCCCUGAUACUAAUCUGCUGUUUCUCUCUUCCCUGUAGGCCUGUACCAGUUUCUGCCCCCUGACUCCCGGGAGUUUGAGGGCCUUAUGAAGAUCCUGUCCUCCUUCUACCUGGAUGCAUCAUCCAGAGGGACAUUUUCCUACAGCAAGGCCAGGCUCAUUCACAAUGAGCUUCUAGAAAAAGAGGUAGCAUCAACAAGCACCCCCCCCCCCCCCCCCCCCCCCCAGCUGAUCAGUCAGCCUCUGUUGUCAAUAUCUGUUAUCACUUUAGUAACAGCUCCACUUCAUAAUGUUCAAACAAAACAAAACACAUUACCCACGGCUGAUAUUGUCCCCAGACUGGCCCAAAACACUAAUUGAUAGUUUAGCACGACCAACGACAAAUACGCACUUCAUACCUCAUUGACAUUGACCCACCCACAAAACCAGUGUCCCCUUUAUAUUGUUCUGCUUGCAUCUUUUCUCAUGAUGCCAUCUUUUUGCGUGUGUGUGCCAGUUCAUUGAGAAGAGGAGGGAGCUAAAGCAGGAGGGCCGUACAGACCCAGAGUUGGUGGAGUCCUACUGCUUCCUGUUCCCAGACAAGUCGAAGGUGAGCCUGAGGGCCUGCCUGCCUCUCCAGGGGGUGUGGUACAGCUCGUUGAUCUACUACUCUGAUCGGAUGUUGCUGCUACAGUGAAGUCCAGCUCAUUGGAUUAUGCAUUAGGCCUACAAUCUGAGCUUUGCUGCUUUGGAAACCAGUGUUUUCUCUUUUUUGACUUACAAGUUGUGAAUUGCUUUUUCCAGCUCCCGUGGAUUUGUGAGAAGGGUCUGUCUGUGGGACACUCAAGGAUCACUACACUAGGAAAUUCAGCAAUGGGUGAGUGUGUGUGCACUUACUACCAAAUGUCAUCCAUUAAAUUGUUUUUAGGGAGAGUUUGCAAAUGUCAAAUUUUGUGCUGUUCACCUUCUAAGGAUUGGACUCAGGAAGGAUAGCUUUUCUCGCUAAUGCACUUGUCAAACUGUUAGAUGUUUUUGGGCCUGGUGUAUGUCAGUUCGAAAUUGAUCUGCUUCUCAACAUCAAGUUUAAUGUUUAAUGACUCUGUAAUUGAGGAAAAGCUGUAUGCCUCAGCACAGUAUGGGCAGCUUUAUCCACUGAGUCACUUUAACUCUACCCACAUGUACAUAUUACCUCAACUAGCCGGUGCCCCCGCACAUUGACAAUGCAACGGUACCCCCCUGUAUAUAUAGCCUCCCUACUGUCACUUUAUUUUACUGUAUAUUAGCCUCACUGUCACUUUUUUACUGUACUAUAAGCCUCACUGUCACUCAUUAUUUUACUUUCUGCUUUUCUCUCAACACUUUUUGUUUGUUUUAUUCUACUUUUGUUGUAAAAUAAUGCAACUGUUGGUUAAGGCUAAAGUAAGCAUUUCACUGUAAUGUCUGCACCUGUUGUAUUCGGCGCAUGUGACCAAUAAAAUUUGAUUUGAUUUGAUGGACAGCUUAGCAUUUCUACCAGAUACAGCUACAUGAGAAGAUACACAAUACAUGGCCUAGCAACAGCUGAGUAUGGUGGAAAUAAUAAUUACAAUACAUAAACUACGCUGCCUCAAACCUCAUCAUAAAAUAUUAGCCCACACAUAGAAUUAGAUUUGCCAAAAGUUAGUUGUCUAUGAAUUGUUAGUUUGUGCUUGACAUUACUUUUGUUAUGUCAUUUCAGGUGUUUAUCUGUCCAAAUUCUCUGAUUUGCUGCAAAUGAACCCGUUUGAAGCAGGCACCUGUGGAGACAUUGUCAUAUUUAAAGUCAUGAGGGUAAAUACAUCUCCUAUCGCACUCAUUAUGGACACAACUGAAACAAUAUGUAUCUUACGAAUACCUAGAAAAUAGUUGCUUACAUUGCUACAGCCUAGCACUGGCGUUGUUGCGUGCAUCCAACAUAUACCAGCCUGUAUACCACACCAGUCUAAAUCAUCUGUAACCCAGUAAGUGUGUUUGUCCCUCAGGGCCGGCUGAAGAGCAUCUUUGAGAACAUGCCUAAGAGUGUCCUGGACCCCACGCCCAAGUUUGACUGUCACGUCUCCAAGAACGCCACACGGGUCACCUCCCUGCUGUCGUACCGGGCCUUUGAGCUCACGCAGCAGUAUUUCUAUGAGUUUGCUUUUGAUGAGAUCAAGUCUCGGCCCAGGCAUGUGUGUCCAUAUGCUGUGGUGUCCUUCCAGUACAAAGGCAAGGAGUCCGCUGCUGCACCUAUGGCUGCACACAGGUUCAACAGCACUGUCUGUGAAGGAGGAAGCAGAAGUACGCUCCCAUUUCUGCUUUUUCACAUUAUCUCUCUGCGUUAGUGUGUUUGUACUGAAGGAUUUAGUAAUUGUAGAGGUAAAAGUAUUGUAUUGAAGUAGGAUUUGUAGCAUUUAGUUUGAUAGCUAGCUUGUAUGUUUGGCCGACUAUGUCCAUAUUUGACCUGUGACUGGUGACUCGGGCCAUUGUUUCUAUUGCAAAUGUAAAGUGUUUUGAAUGCACUUAAAAUAAAGUUUGAUUUGCCUGUUAGGGUGGAGUAGCUACACUGUGUGGAGUGGGCCACUGGUGAAUAAGGGACAGGAGGUGUGCCAGGUGUCUCUGCGCUCCUCAACACGCCAUUUCCUCCCUUUCAAACUGUGAGUACCCCUUUUUAUUAUCCAUACACAUGUAUUCAUCUCUAUAACUAAAACAUGGCUAUGGUAGUAAUUCAUAGUUAAUAAACAUGUAUGAGUUAUCUAAUAAGUAGAUGAACUGGUGUGUGUUCCAUCUGCAGAGCGGAGAAGUUGGAGAUGAGUAUGGGGAUGCAGCUGGACCAGGUGAAGAGGAGGAUUCCCUCUGUUCUGUUUUCCUGGGACACCUACAGCAGAACACGAGAAGGUCAGAAACACUCCGCACCUCUAUAGCCUUACUCCUAGUCUGGCUCAUCUAUUCUCUGACGAAGACAGCAGUACAUAGGCAUAGAUGCUAGAGAACAGGGUUGUCAAACAAAUUUUGCCCCGGGGGCCUCAUUUGGUCUUCAACGAGGUCCAGAAAGGCCGCACUGAAAAUGUGUUAUAUUUCCUUGCCAUCAACAUUUAAAAGACAUUGUCCUCUGUCCAUCAUUCUUGGAAUUUUCGAUGCUCCCUGAUUGUCUAGCUUUCAUUUCGGUGAUUAUUAGUGAGCUGGACACAGUCAAGAAACGAUGGCCCAUUAUCAUAUCUGCACAGUUUCAAUUUGGUUUGAGUCAUUGUUUGACACCCCUGCUAUAGAAUGACUACAGCAACAACAACACUGAAUCUGACUAACAACAAUGUAAUCUUGAAAUCACUGUGUGGGUGUGUUUUCUUUAUGUACAUUUUUUCUAUGGAGUCGGCCUUGUUCUGAGCAAAAAUGUGUGUUUCAGUGCUAAAGUGUGGGAUGUACUGCAGCCUGUUUGAGGUGGUGGAUGCAAAGGGCAAGGCAAGCAGCAGCACUUUAUCAGGACUCAUACACAAACUGGAGAGAGAGAGGAUGGUGAGUCACUCCCUGACUGUCCCUCUGGAAGAUGUUUAAUGAAGAUCGAGAAGACUGAAUUGUAUAUUUAGAAUUCGCAUAAAUGUGCCUUGCAUCAGCAAAAAAUCCUUAACAGGACAUAAAAAGAACAACUGACGUAGAGAGGGUUUGGGACUGUUCAGGGGACUACACAAGUGAUGAAAAAACAUCACGUCACAGUUGAACGAUUACACAUCAAGACUAGAAAAGGAGUGGGGAGGGGGAUGCGGGGGGUGGAUCACAGUGUCAUACACUACACCCUCCCAGUCUUCCAUUUGGUCCCCCAUGACGUUUGAAAUGUAGAGCAGCUAAAUUGUUGAAUUCCCUAGAAAGGCUGUCAUUUGUUUCCCAUAUGUUUUUAAUCGGUAGAGCUAAUGAGAAUCAGGGAAUUCCAAUGCCAUAACGUUAUGUCAAGGAUAGUGUUGCACAGCUGCAGUGUAUGUAUGUAAAGUGUUUGUUUAGAUGUAGUGAAUGUUAAUGUCUCCUUGCCUCCCCUGUGUAGGUGCUAGUGAAGCCUUUAGUUGACAAAGGCUUUCUCUUCCUCCUGUCAUCUACUCAGAUGGUCAAUCCCAAGGGUACGUCCUGUCUAUUUCUCUUUCGUUCGCACCUCUCAUUUCUCCACUGGUCUCGCAUGUUGUUGUUUGUGUGGGUUAUUACUGAGGAAGUUGUUUUGUGUGUUCUAGAACGUCAGGGGCGGUUUGAAAAGAGCCUGCAGGCACUGUUUGUCUUUCAGGAGUCCAGGGGAGUCAUUAAGUACAGUAAGUAUUCUAAAAGAUCCUUCCUCAAACCACAGUUGCAGCUUAUUUUUUCCUUGAGAUAUGUGAUUUCUAGUAAGAGCCUUUUAUGUGCACCUUAUGAACUUUUAACCACUACCUCCAUUGACCAUGUCCCUGUUGUCAUCCUUCCCCCAGAGCAGGAGCCCCUGUCAUCCGAUCCUCAGCUCCCCCUCCUGGUCUCCAUGGAACCCUUCAUCCCAGCCCUGCACUACGCCCUGCUCAAGAUGCGCUCCGCCCCCGACAACAAGCACCUCAGCACCGGGGUGGAGCGCCAGGCCCUAGACUACCUGACCAGGAGGGACAGCGGCCGGGCCUUCCUUGUCCCAGAGUACCAACAGAACCUGGACGAGAGGGGUAACAUGCACCCCGCGCCCCGUCCCAAAUCCAACAUGGAGGGCCUGCUACGCUCCUACCUGCAUGGCCCCUCCUCGGCCUAUGUCCUCCCCAUGGUCAAGGCCAGGGACAUGAUGGACAGGAUCAACCAGCCCCCGCCUGCCCCGGCCCCCACCACCACAGACUACAGCCCUGUGUCAGACUGGGGGGGCUCAGGAGGGUCGGACAGACCAGAGAGGCAUCCUCCAGAGAGCAGUAGCAGUAGGAGGAGAGGGGGGCCUACCCAGGCCCAUUCUAACGGGGCUGCAGCAGGGACAGGGGCCCCACCCCAAAGGUCCAGGCUAGCCCAGAGUGAGUAUGAUAAGGACAAGAUGAAACAGCUUCUGAAGCUGAUCCAGCUGCAUAAGAAGGCCCUGGUGAAGGAGCCAGGGGGGAAGGAGAGGGCUGAGGGGGGUGACGACGGGGGCUGGGAGGGCCCCCACGGCCUGAAGAGGAAACUAGAGGAGGACGAAUCAGGGGCCAUGUAUAAAUACCUACGGGGAGCCCACUUCAGCAACGGAGAGCCCAGUAGAGGUGAGACUGUGACGUGUGUUUGUGUGAGAGAGAGGGAUGGUGUGGGAGGGAACAAAAGGUUGUAUGAGAGAAUGAAUGAGUGAGUUGGCGUGGGAGAGAGUGAUAGGCUGGUGUCGGUGUGGGCAAGACUGGAAGAAUAAGGGAAAGAACAAGUGUGGGAGGGAGACAUACGUUUGAGAGGGAGUAGGGACUGAGCAAGUUAUAAUUGUAGUGUUUUAACAUUCAUACGCCAACCAAAGAGAAAAUAUUGACUUCAUGUUCUGAUUUAACAUUUAAAACUAGGCCUAUAUAAUCAAUAAUAUCCUUUCUAACCUUGCCGUGUGUGUACUGUAGAAGCCUACCUUAUAAGCCUGGUAAGCAAGGCUACAUCCAUCCUAACCCCACUGUCUGUCCUCCCAGUAGCCCAGGGGGAGGAGGGGGAGGGUGGGAACUACAACCUGGCAGCAGUAAUGGAGAGUAUGGGGAUCUACGACACUAACCUGAGGGACAGGGGCAACUCCUCCCAGGCCUCCUCGUCCAACGAGACCCAGCGCCUGCUCAAGAUCCUGCUCUCAACCCUCAACAAGGCCAUGGCCCAGGGUGCUGCCGCCGCCGCCGACCUGCCCGACCAAGGGGAGCCCGCCACGGGCACGGCCAGCGCGGAGAAGCCCCUGGCUGGAGCGCCGUACGCAGGGCGAGUGGAGCAGGCCCGACAGGACUACCUGGAGGUGAGACGUGUGUGUGUGUGAGAAAAAAUGAAGUACGGACUCAGACAUUUUGAAUGGAAUGAAUCAUCUGGUGUUGUGAUGGAGUAUUGUGACUAACCACAGUGGUGUUGUUGUUUGUUUAGGAGCAGAUGGUGAGCAGUCUGGCCAGUCCCUUCAGCCCCGGCUCUCCAGGAGAACAACCCCACACCUCAGAAAACCCACCACUCACCUUGGAGCUGGCCUCUCACACAGACAAACCUAUCCCCUUCCUUGAUGCUCUGAAUGACGGCCACCUGGAGCAGAGGGGAGGUCUGGGGGGGUGUGAGAGAGGUCCGAGUGGCGCCUCCCUUGAGCGGGAGACUGUUACGAGGGAAGCCUCUCUAGAGAGCAUAGCCAGGGGGGCUUCCUUGGAGAGGGCUCUGAGGGGAGCCCCUCUGGAAAGGGACAAGGUUCUUAGAGGAGCCUCCCUGGAAAGUGAGGGGGUAGCCAGGGGCACCUCCCUAGAGAGGGACAGCAGGGUAGAGAGGCCAGCCAGGACAUCCAGCACUCUGGACACCAUCGUUAGCCAGGAGCUCCACUGCCUCUCCAACUCCAUCCAGGGCCUCAUGGAGACCCAGAGGAUCUACUACAACUCCCAGCUGUCCCCACGGCUGCCCCCGCGCCACACCUGGCAGCCCAACAGCUCCUUCUCAGACUUUGUGGCACCCUAUGUCGUGUCUGUCCCUGUCCAGGGCCACGUCAACACCCUGUGUGAGAGGAUGGGCCGACUGGUGGCCAAACCCUGCCACACUGACUCUGCUAAAGCACCUGGGGCUCGUUCUACCCUCUGUGCUCCCCCCACUGCUGUGCCACCCCCUCCACAUGGCCUCACCCCCGCCCCUCCCAUGCCCUCUCUCCCUCCCCCUCCUCAUCACAUCCACCCCACCCCUCCCCCUCCUAUUCGCUCUCUCCCUCCCCCACCCCAUUCCCUCACUUCCAUACCUCCCCUUCCCCCCAUCCCUCACCUUCCACCCCCACCUGCCCUUGUCCACUCCCCUGCACCCAUCACGUCCCCCACCCCCAAGCAUGUCCCCAAAACCAAAGCACAGCCCCCUCAGGAUAAGAGCGCCUCUUCCUCCCAGAGCCGGCACAAACUGGGCACGGUCAAACAGCCACACAAGACCCCCUCCGCAGCACAGAAGCCCUCCAUGAAGAGGAAGUUCGAGCCAUCUGCCUCAGAGUGUGAGAUCUACUCCCCCUCCCAGGCCACCAUGGGCUCCCCAGAAUGCACCUCCACCCGGCCUAAACAAGCCCCUCUCACAGCCCCCUCUCCUCUGACCCCGGCCUCAGCCGCUGGACUACUGAUAGGCCAGCUGAAGCCUGAGGUGUUCAGCAGCCUGGUGGAGAUCUUCAAGGACGUGCAGAAGAACACGGUCAAGUUCUACAUCCACUCUGGAGAUAAGGAGGAGGAGAGUGACAUCUGUGUGGAGAUCAAGGUACUGUAGGCCUCGGUUAUGAUUAGCACUCAUGUUGUCAAUGUUUGCCCACAGAUUAACUCCUUCUCAUCAAUGAUUUGAGCUAACUUUUCACCAAUACCUUUAUCCAAGCUUUCCCGGUCACAGGCGCUGAAUUAUCCUCUGUAAAUAUCGCAGAUGAGUGUUUUUCAUCAUGAAUGUUGUUCUGGGGGCAGCUCUGCAGAGAGGCUACUUGCUGGCACAGCUACAGUCAUAGAUUAAGGUUUUAAACCUAACCGUAACCACACUGCUAACCCUAAAGCCUAACCCUAACCUUAAAUUAAGACCAAAAAGUGAAUUUUUGUUUUCAUGAAUUUUUACAAUAUAACCAAUUUUGACUUUGCAGCUGGCCCAUCUAGCGGAAACUGCUAAUUUCUGCCUCCAGGACAAGACUCGUCCCAAUAAAUGUCAACCUGCGUCAUUAUCUGCACUGUGAAGGGUCACUCAGUGGCUUGCUUUUCAGAGUUCCCUCAUGUUGUUGAUCUACAAACAUCAUUAAACUAACUUUGUCCUCUGGAAGACGAGGAGAGUCACACUUCAUUGUAUUCUCCUUGUUUUACUGCAGAACACUACUGUGAUAAAAAACAACAGUUUACAAUAUUGCACGACUCUUUCACUAGUCCCCUUAUCUUCAUGACCUCUCAAUCUGCACCUUGUCAAUUUGGUAUUUUGCUCUGGUUCUAAACCCCCUCUUUCUGUCUCUCUCACUGUGACAGGAGUACUUGAUGAGCCUGGGCAACACAGAGUGUAACCCCCAGACAUUCCUGGAGAAAAACAGCAGUCUGGAUAAGCUGCUCAUCAUCAUUCAGAACGAGGACAUCUCUUCCCACGUUAACAAGGUAACAUCAUUAUCGGCUGGCUGACCCGCUGACUGACUUACUGAUUGACUGGCUGGUUCCUAGGAUGAGUCAUCAUCGCCACGGCACCAGACAGAAUGUCUGUCCAGAGAGAAUUCUCGUUAGCCCCCCAGAAAAUAUCUGAAAUAAUGUAAUUCUAAUUGGACCUGUGGAAUUGAUUUUAAAUCCAACCGAAAACAUGGAUGCAGCACAGAGAAACAUAUUGUAAUUAAUUGAAUAUGUAGACAGAGCUGGAAUACAUGAUCCUCGCGGCAACUUGUCUAGCCAUGGUCAUCACCUCUGUCUCACACAAAUGUCAAUGUUAAGUGUUGAGGAUGAAUUUAAAGCUGUAUGUAUGUGUGUCAUAUUUAAUGAUUUAUUCUGAACCCUUCCCCCUGUCAGAUCCCAGCCCUGGUGUCGUUGAAGAAGCUGUCUAUGGUGAGCUUUGCUGGAGUGGACAGUCUGGACGAUGUGAAGAACCACACCUACAACGAGCUCUUCGUCUCCGGAGGAUUCAUCGUAUCUGACGAGUUUGUCCUCAACCCAGACUUCAUAACGCACGGUGAGCCGCCUAAAUUAGUCUCCGCAACUCUCCUCAACAGUCAUUGUGAUGCGUGGGAUCCACGUGUGAAUAUCUUGGGUUUUCAGUCACCGUUCCUUUCUAUGAAGCUGGAUAAAUGCCAUCAUUACAGGGGAAAUGUUGUAAUAACAUGCAGCUACACUAUAUACUCAUUAGAAACAGUAUUUGGCCAGUUUUAUUUUCAUUAGAAUUCCAAUGUUGCUUUAUGUACCAUGCAGCUGUAAUUACAUUCUGGUUAGUAAAGUGCUCAUAGAUUGACUACAGAGCAGAAUGGCAUAAGCCAUGUGGUUUUUGUCAUACAUUUAUGGAAAGGGAAAAUACUGAACUCUCAUGACGACAGGUCAUUUAUGUGGGGGAUCAGUACAAGUAUAAAGUGUUGUGUGUUAAUGUGUUUCCUGUACAGAUCAGUAAUAUGUUGUGUAUUAUUGUGUUUCCUGUGCAGACCGGUUGCAGGCAUUCCUGGGGUUCCUAGAGGAGCAGAGCUCUCCAGAGAACCCCUGGCAUUGGAAGAUCCACUGUAAGUCCCAGAAGAAACUCAAAGAGCUGGGCAGGUCAGUAAUUACCUCCACUAUUACCAUUCAGCAUGGCCAUCUACAUAGACCUCUGUCAAGCCAUUCAGUAACAACGUCCAUCCCAUACAAAGACUGGCAAGGAAGUCUAUCAACCAAUAGGGAACGUCUCUGGGAGGUUCAAAGUAGUAGGAGUAGUGGUGACUGUUUUACAAGGCAAAAAUACAAAAACAGACAUUCUAGUCUCAAUGUAAACAUAGGACAUGAUAUCAUGCUCUCAUCAAUACCUUUGUGGGUUUGUUUUGUCUUAUGUGUUCAGACUGUUUUAUUAACAGACAUCCCCACCCCCUCCCUCCUCUCAUAGGUUAAACAGUGAUGUCAUGGCUCUUCUGAACCUGCUGACAGCCUAUCAGAAGAAGCACCUGGUGGAGUUCCUGCCUUACCACGAGUGUGACGCCCAAUCACGUCAGGCCCCUGAUCUAGACUGCCUGGUCAAGCUCCAGGCUAACCACACCCAGCACCGCCAUAUCAUCUUCCUCACAGGUACCACCAUCAUCGUUUUCACACCAUUAUCAUCCUCUUCCUCCUCACUCACUGUGCUUUGAGACUAUCAUUCCAUCUCUCUGGAAGGCAUUUUUCAGUUUUUUUUGUUUGUAAACCAGAAUAUUUACUUUUUCAAUUGAGCACCCUUCUUUUGUUGUUUGCCCCUCCAGAGAGACGGUUUGAGAUGUUCCUGCAGUACUCCAGGAACGGCAUAGUGAUCGCCAACAUCGAUGACAUCAUGACAAGUUUCCACAGCCUGAUUGGCUCCAGCGAUCAGAACGAGCUGCCCACACCGCCCUCUACUGGUGGGUAUCAUGAACAACGACUUAACAAUUAAAAUGCAUAAUUAUUUGUAAUGGCAAGAUAAUUGUGUCCAAAAUGUAAUUUUUUUUGGCCAAAUGUUUUACUUGAAUGUAUCUAUAACCUUUUCCCCUUUCUUUCUCUUCCCCUUGUCUCCCCUCUCCUCUCACUUUUUCUCCCCCUCUACUCCUCUCUCAGUAGUGCAUGACGAGUGUGUAGAAGAGGAAGAUAUGUCGCUGGACUCUGAUGAUGACACCCACAACCAGGUUAUCGCCGAGCCCCCUGCCCAAAGCCAGGACGGGGGAGCAGGAGGGGGCAUGGGGGACCCGACCCAGCAGCCCCCCUUACCCGAGUCAGACAAUUUCCGCCCCCCUCUUCCCGACCAGCUCAACACCCCCGGCCGACACACACCCUCCUCCCUCUCCUACUCCAGCGGCACCCCCAACCUGUCCGACUUCGCUGCUCUCAAAUCAGCCAUCUCCCAGUUCAAAGCCUCUAACCAGGUUGGGAGGGCAGGCUUGGCGGACAUAGGCAGCACUUCGCCAGGAGGGUUUGCUGUCAACCCCCACCAGAGCUUCCUGUGUCCCUCCACCCAGUGGGUAUCCUACUCUGGCUCCUCCGGCUAUGCGGCCUCCCCGGCCUACCCUGCCUCGCCCUGCAGCAGCACCCAAGAACAGGACUACAGACACCCAGCCACAGUACCUACUACAGCCCUAGGCUCCACUCUCACCACAGGGCCUCUGACCAGCCAGGUCCCCCUCACCCUACUAGACAUCCCCCAGCCUCUCCCUCCUCCACAUCUCAUGUUGGGUGGGACUCAGUCGUUUAGCCUGCCUGGCUCUGAUACUGGAGCAGUAGGGGUUGGUGUUGGAGCAUCCUUCUCUAUAGCCAGCAGCACUAGCACUCUGCCAAGCACAGCCAUAGAGGCCUCUUCCUCUUCUCCAUCCACUGCACUUACAUACUCAGACCCUACUGUGGCCUCCACAGCCUCCUUAGGCCUGGGAUAUUCUCAGAGUGAAAUGGCCCAGCUCGGCUACCCGGAAGGGGUCAGCUCCAGCGCUAAUGGGACCCCCAACCAGCAGGGGGACAGGACACACGGUGGGCCCGGGGAGAGCCUAUGGGGGUUAGGAGAAGGAACCCCUAACAGCCAGGGAGGGACCACGCCUGGCUCUGUCUCCCACAGCGGUCUCACCCAAAGCGGGGAGAGGGAGAGGACAGGCACUUCUGGUGGCAGUACCCCUGGAAGUCAGGGGGGCCGGACUCCAGUGAACAGUGUAGAAAGCCUUGGAGCUGGCAUGGCUAUUGCCUCUAGCCACCGGCGGUGCUCAAUAGCUAGGCCCAUGCUGCCCAUCCAUGAAGGGACUGGAGGUAGUCGAGGCGGCGCGGCCAAUGUCCAUCCACUCAGCGAUGGUGGCUACGGCUGUAUAGGUGCCAUGCCUGGACAGAUGGAUGGGGGUAUGGGACGCGGGAGCAUUGGUCCCAUGGGCAUGGGUCCCGGGUCGUUAGGGGGGUACCGAGGUAGAGGAGCCCCACCGGGAGGCCCCUGGCCCAGGCCAGGGGGACAAGAUUACUACUCAGAUUACAAAUACUCACACAACUACUCCCCCUGAACAGACAAUCAUAAUUUAAGAGGGGGUAAUGGACACGCCACACUGGUAGAGCUGAAUGUACAUAUUUACUUGUCAUAAACACAUUGAAUUGAUACUGGACAAAAGGAUCGUGUUUUUUUACAAAUAAACUUGAUACAGGCAGUGCCGAGUGUCAUUACUGUCGUGUAUAAACGUAUGCUCUUUACAUGUGAGCCGUUUCAGACCCCUGUUCCAACCACUAUAUUUAUAAUUGCCAAGAACUGUAAUGGCCUUCCACACUUUUUGGUUUUGUUUUAUUUUUUGGUUUGUUUUCGGUUUUAGAACGGUUUGUGAACAAGGGUAAAAGGGCAGGCUAUUUUUUUAAAGAAAAAAACUUAAGUGAAAGGCACUCACUUUUCGCUGUUGGUUUUCUUUUUUACAUCCUUGGUUGUUCAAAGAAAAAUAUCUAUUAAAAUAAACUUGUUUCAAAUCAUA